GAGAGGAUUCACAGACGCUUCACACAUCAACAAGACAAAUUCAUGUCUAAAAGGAAAUACAUCUCAUAACUAUCCCGCAGAAAUCAAGCAGACCGGACGCAUCUGGAGGAAGCCUGCGUCCGAUACUACGCCUCUAACGAGAGAUGGAUUGUACCUGAAGACGAGCAGUUGGGACAAACUCAGAAAGUCAGAGAUCACUGACUGACUGAUCGACUGACUGACGGCCAUCUUGGAGAGAAAGACAGGCCUGCAGCAGCAGCUCCAGCAGGGGCCCUCCUGAUCCCUCCUGACUCCCCAGCUGCAGCGCUCCCUGCUGGGCAGCAUGGAGCCCGGAGCAGGCCGGCUGCCGCUCCAGGUGCUGGGAGAGAACGAGGCACUGCAGCAGUUCUUCAGUGGUCAGGAUGUCAGUGGUGUGUUGGACAGUUCUGUGGCCGUGGAUACGAGUAUCCUGGAGCAGUACCUCAGCAAUGACAUGGACCCCAACAGCAUCAUGCUCCCUGAAUCUCCUCCUGACUCAAGCUCAGAGGCUUGUUCACCUGCACAGAUACCAGACUACCAAUACAAGCCUCCUUAUUGGUCCAACCAGCAGACCACCCCUGGAGUCUUCCAGCCAACACAACCGCCUGCCCCUUCAUCGUCCUGUCGCUUUAAGGAUCGAGGCCCCGCCCUCGCCCACCAUGAGCUGGUGACCCACGAACAGCUCCACAGUUUGGGUCUCACAAACGUUUACAUCAAGUCUGGGACCACACCUGCUCCCCCUGCCCCCCUGCACCGGCACACACACCACUCACCUGAACACACACACUACCUGAAUCCAGAGAGCUGCUCGCAGGUUUACACCCCUCCCACACCUCCUUCUCCGCCACUGCACCCCUCGAACAGCUUUGUCCCACACUGCACUGGUCCGGGCCUAGUCUCAAAUGUAUCCACGCCUCCUUCAACCUGUCUGCUGGGCUCCACCUCCACGCUAAACACCUGCGUGGCUACAGAGCCACAAUACGUCAGGACACAGAGCGGGCCGCAGCAGGUCGACCACUUCCAGAUAAAAGUGUUUGGGAUCAAGCUGGAAUCUCCAAGUCACCAGGUGACUAUUGAGCAAUCUCAGCCUGACCGCAGCAAGAAGCCCUUCCACCCUGUCAGGGUCAGUCUACCCAGCGGCAAAAUUACCAAGGUAACGCUCGGCCGACUGCACUUCAGCGAGACGACGUCCAACAACAUGAGGAAGAAAGGCAAACCCAACCCUGACCAAAGAUAUUUUCAGAUGGUGGUUGGUCUGUACGCUGCAGUGGCAGGAGGGGAGAUGUUCCUCCUCACAGCUCUGUUGUCGGAGAGAAUCAUCGUCAGGGCCUCUAACCCUGGUCAGUUUGAGAUGGACGGCGACGCCCUGUGGCAGCGCGGGGCGAUGCAGGACGGUGUGGUCUGUCAAGGCCGAGUCGGCAUCAACACCGACUCCCCCGAUGAGGCGUUAGUAGUUUGCGGCAACGCCAAGGUGAUGGGCGCCGUCAUGCAGCCGUCCGACCGCCGCGCCAAAGAAAACAUACAGGAGGUUGACUCCGAGCAGCAGCUGAAGAGAAUCACUCAGAUGAGAAUUGUCGAGUUUGAUUAUAAACCGGAGUUUGCCUCCACCAUGGGAAUAGACCACACCCACCAGACAGGUAUAAUAGCUCAGGAGGUGAAGGAGCUGCUCCCCUCAGCGGUGACGGAGGUCGGUGACGUCUCCUGUUCUGACGGAGAGAAGAUUCAUAACUUCCUCAUGGUGGACAAAGAGCAGAUCUUCAUGGAGAAUGUGGGGGCCGUGCAGCAGCUGUCCAAGCUCACCGACAACCUGGAGACUCGAAUCAACGAGCUGGAGGUCUGGAACCACCGACUGGCGAAGCUGAAGAGCCUGACAGGCAGCCUGCGCUCCAAUGGGACACCCGGGAAACACAGCGGUGUGUCGAUGCCGGCGAGCCCCGACGCAUGCAGGACUGGGAAAGCUCCGAAGGAAGGCUGGAGUCAGAGGUCCAGACGCUGUCUGCAGCGUAAAGUCUUCCAGGCCAGCCUCCUCACCCUGCUGACCACCAUGGCUUUCUGCAUCAUCUUUAUCACCGCUCUGUACCUACUGAAUCUGAAGGAGGAAGGUAUGAACAGUAACGGCAGUGUGGUUCCUGUGUUGACCACAGCCUGGAGCAGCACAGUCCCAGCGAGCAGUCCGCCUGGCCGCUGGCCGCCUGACGUGGACUUCUGUGAGCUGCUGUACUGUGAACGGGUGUACUGCUGCCCUCCGCCUGCAGGGGGCAGCACGGGCUUCAACAUCACUGCCACUGCAUCAGCUGGAGAAGAAAUGUCUGAUCUGGCAGAAAGAAGAAAAGAAAAUUUUUAUGACAAGUUGAAAAACGCCAGUGACUGGACGAACACCACAAUCCAUUCUAUAAUGAUCAAAGAAAACCAGCAGGUGAUUGACAGCAAAUACUGCCUGAGAGACGAAUGUGGGCCAGGUAAAUACAUCUACAGAGUUCCCGUCAGCCAGUUUGUCCCAGUCAACAUGAGAGUCACCCUGCUCAUGAAUUCCACAGAGCUGCUAGUGGUUCAUCUGUGUAGCUUUGAUGAGUCGGAGGACUGCUCUGUUCUGAUGGAUAUGAACACUGUCACUUGGAGCAAAUACCCAUCAAACACUCAGGGGGAACAUGAAUGGCCUCUUCACGUGGCUCGUCUUCAUCACAGCUCGUAUCACUUUCGCUCCACAGUGGCCGGUCAAGCAGACUGCAGUACUGACCAAAACUACGAGGGGGCCCUCUUCACUGAUUACCACUUAUACUUCUACAGACGCUGCACAGACUCAUAGAUGCACAUUUACACGACGAAAUAUUAGUACAGUACAUUCAAAAGUAUAUGAAAUAUUUGCUUUUCUUAACACAAAGAUGACAAUCAGAGAACUGAAAACACUGCCAUCACUUCUGCUUUCAUGUUUUUCAAAGCUGCAAAUGCAUUUUUAUUUUGAUAUAAGUCACUUUUGCUGAUAGAUUGAUAUGCGUAAUUGCAAAAAAAAAGAAAAAGAGGUCUGCAGUGGAAGUUCUUCAGAUCAGAUGCACACAGUUUCUCCUUUUAUGUAUUUGUAUGUACUGUCUUUUUGUUAUUUCCUGCUUCAUGAGAAAGUGUUCAUCUGUAGGGAGAAAACGACACAACAGAGAUUGAACCAGAAAACAUAAAUAAUUCAGUUUUACUACGUUUACAUGCACAUAAUAUUCAGUUUUUUGCCCUUAUCCGAAAAAGACAAUAUUCCGACUAAGCUGUUUCCACAGCUAAUGAAUGUGAAUAUUCCACUAAUAUUCCCGUUUACAUGUAACGUUACGUUAGCUGUGCAAAAUACGAUUUUUCUGUUAAUUUACCAGCGGUGUCGGACACAGCAUCCCUCUUUCAUUCCUUCAACCAGCUUCUUGAAAAGGUCGCUGUAGCGAUAUGUGCUCAUAUCCAAAAACCUGUUGAUAUCCAAGUCUUUGAUAAUGUUUAAAAGUAGCUGUGUCUCUCCUUCUUAUCGGGUCUGCAGCCCUGCGUUACUGUCGGCUGGUUGGUUUGUGUACAGCAACCAUAACAACGCACAGAGCCGACCAUAAGCCUGCGGUGAAAACCUUGAUUGAGACUUAUAUUCCGAAUGCGCUGUUUACAUGUUCAAAGGGGAGCGUGCCUGUGUUCCCACAGCUCUAUGUUCCUACAGCUCUAUGUUCCUACAGCUCUAUUUCCACAGCCCUAUGUUCCCACAGCCCUAUGUUCCU